AUCAGUUCGUGUUUCGAGGACAUACACAAAACAACGAAAAAUGGCAAACUCAAAAGUUACACUUUUGGCAGUGUUCUUAGCUGUGAUUUUAUCUGUCGCCACCGCACACGUCAUAGGAGUUGGUGGUCUAGGAGUUGGCUACAUCGGUGGUGGGUACGGACCAGGCUACGGCUAUGGAAGGUACCCAGGCUACGGAGGAUUCUAUGGACCCAGCUAUGGCUACGGCCACUACAGUUAUGGUGGUGGCUACGGUCAUGGAUUUGGCGGCCCAGGCAUUUACUUCUGAUGAAAACAAACUUAAGACCCCUGCUUUAGAGACUAAGCCUUUGUGAUACUUUCUAUUUAUAUAUUUAUUUAAAAUAAAUAUGUCAAACAAAA